AUAAAACAACCGCAGCAGCAAUUAACAAUUUCCUUGUAGCAGCGUGUGAGCGUGUUGUGCAUCGAUUAACAGAUGGGCAAAGCAAAAAGCAAUGCAAAAUACUUCUUCAGAUAACAGSGUUUUCGACGAGGAAAGGGGUCAGAACACACCAAUACCUGAAGAGUCUGAUCAUCCUUUAAAUACUGGAAGUCAUGAUUCAAAGAACAAGGAAUCUUUUGAAGGAAAUCGAAUAGUAAACAUAAAAUAUUUUUUGACACAAAUUUUGUCUUUUAAACAUUGUGAACUGUUUUCGUGUUCAAACGACGCACUUGAAAUUAUAAAAGAAAAAAGAAAAGGGUUCAUUUCAGAGUUUGUCCUUCAUUGUAGAAUGUGCAAAGAACAACUUAUCAAAACAUACGAAGAUGAUGGGAAAAUGAAUCCGAAUAAAGCAUCUGUCUUAGGAACAUUAAGCAUUGGUUGUGGUUAUUCGCAACUAACGGAAUUUGUCAGUGUCCUCAAUAUUCUACCGAUGAGCUACAGACAGUACAAAAGGGAAGAAAGUAGUUUACYCAAAGCUAUUGAAGAAGAAAGCUGGAAAAGUAUGAUGGAAGCAGGAAAACGUGAGGCGCAGAUUGCAAGAGAAAAUGGUGAUGUGGAUGAAGAUGGAGUACCAUUGAUUACUGUUAUAGCCGACGGUGCUUGGUGUAAGAGAUCAUACCGGUCUACUUACAAUGCUCAUUCUGGUGCAGCCUGCAUAGUCGGCCAAAAAACAGGCAAGAUGUUAUUUUUAGGUGUGCGUAAUAAAUUUUGUGCGAUGUGUCAAAUGUCAAAUAGUGUACGUGAUCAUCUUUGUUUUAAAAACUGGUCGGGGACAUCUACGUCCAUGGAAAGCGACAUAAUCCUAGAAGGAUUUAAACGCAGUAUAGAGAUACACGGAGUAAAAUAUGCAUUUUUAGUUGGAGACGGAGACAGUAGCGUGUUUAAAAAAUUACAAGCUGCCAGAGUCUAUGGAAAUUUUGAAAUUCAAAAAAUUGAAUGUUCAAAUCACCUUCUACGGAACUACUCUAACAAUUUAAAACAAUUAACAACAAAAAAAUUUACUUCAAAAGGUUUGGUUGUAGACAGUACUUUGCGGUCCUCCCUAAAAAGUAAUAUUCAAAGAUUGAGAGUGGCAGUAGAUUGUGCUGUAAAACAUAGACGGAGCGAAAAUGUUACUUUUCAACAAAAAGUUACUAAUCUUAAAAGUGACAUAGAAAAUGUAUUUCACACGUUUUUGGAGAGCACACCAAGUGUGCUACAUAUUUCUGCACAGGCUCGAAAUCAAACGAAGUCAAUCUUAUUCCACCUUUCAAAYAGUGUGYUUUGUAUAACGAUAUUAUGUCCCAUGCUAAUCGUUUAAUUUAUAACAGUAGAAGUUUAAUUAAAAACAUGACUAACAACCACGCAGAAACUUACAACAGUGUGGUGGCGAAAUUUAUUGGGGGAAAAAGAAUUGAUUUUUCGAAAAGGGGAGGUUACUCUCUACGAUGUCAUGCUGCAGGAAUAUCGUUAUAUCACGGAGCUGAAUAUCAUUCAGCUCUACAUAGAGCUGUAACUGGAAAAAGUCCGGGACAUUAUACAAAAAAAAUCAUUUUAGUUAAAAAAAAAGGGUAUCAAAUUUGUUAUGCAGAAGAAAACUCUUCGCCAAAAGACGUAACAAUACAAAAAAAAUGUUAACACGGACCAUCAAGGACCAGACGAAGAUUAUGGAGAUGUUCAAAAAAUUAUUGAUGACGAAGAUUGGUUGAGACGCAAAGAAAGAUUUCUUACAGACAUUAUUAAAACUAAAGAACAAAUUCUGGAAGUAAUGAAUCAAACAAUAAACCAAAAAGAUUCUCUGUUUUGGCACCAAGAAAGGCGAAAAAGAGUUACCGCUUCUACGUUCGGAAAAAUUUGUAAACUAAGAUCUACCACGGACCCAAGGAAAACAGCGAAGCAGAUGCUUAAAGCUUUUUCAUCGGUUAGUACCGACUAUGGUAUUGACCAUGAACCGAUAGCUUUAAAAGAAUUUUCAGAAUUUAUCAAACAAAGCAUACAACCUUGUGGACUCUUUAUCGAUGAGAAUGACUGCUUUCUUGGUGCCACAUCAGAUGGUCUUUUAGGUGAAAAAGAAUUAGUGGAAGUUAAAUGUCCAUACAGUUGUCGUAACCAAACCCCUUUGGAGGCCAUCACAGCAAAAAAAAUGUCCUUUAUGGAGUUAGUAUCUGGUGUAUGUAAACUCAAAAAGACACAUAAUUAUUACUACCAGGUACAGGGACAAUUACAUAUAACUGGUAGAGAUUCAUGUUAUUUUGUAGUAUGGACGCCAAAAGGAUUUGUUUACGAUAAAGUUGGGCGAGAUGAUGAGUUUUUUAAUAAAAACAUGAAAGAAAAAUUAAAAACAUUUUACUUUCAAUAUUAUUUACCAGAAAUUUUAAUAUUGGAACACAUAUAAAAAUUACAUUUGCUAAAUUUUUGUUGACAUAUUUUUUUGCUCAAAAUACAGACUGAUCCAGAAAGACUGUUUUGUGAAUAGGUUCUGCGUCUCAACCAAUUUUUAUCUUUUAGUAGAUAUUUUUUUGAACAUUUUUGAUUUCUUUUUAAUUUCUUCCGAAAAAAUUCCCUUCUAUACAAUAUGUAUUGAAAAAUAAGUGUUACAAACACCCUCUUUGUGAUUUGAGUGUUGUAAGAUUUGAGAAGUUGGAACACUUAUUUUUGCACUAUUUUUUCUAUCAAGCGCCUUUMAAAUUGCAUUUUUAUUAAAUUACACUCCAUCAGAAAUAUGAGAUAUUAUCUACCAUGUGAUCAUUUUAAAUUAGAAUUAGAGUAGGCUUUAAUAUUUUUUAACUUGUAUGAAAACGCUGAUUAUCCAUAAUUUAUCAAGCUGAAAAGUCAAAUAAUAAAAUUUCGAACGGUAAUAUUUAUUAGAACACAUUUUUUCCCUCAGUUUCCACUAGUUUAUCAUUUUACCACAAAAAACGGCCUUCUCUAAUAAUAAAUUUAAAUGAUCGCAUGGUAUUAUUGAUUUUUGUUUUUUUUUAUGUUUGUAAAAAAUACGUAAAAGAGAGAUUUACAAGAAAAUGUAAGCUGCAUUUUGUUGCAAUACGUAUGUACAUAAUAUAAUAAACUUAUUUUCUAACAUGAAAUUUAUUCUUUUGUGUAUUACGUAACCAACUGAUUUCCUGUUGAAAAGAAAAUUUUUACCCAACCCAAUAUUUUGAGUCCGUACAGUAUGAAAAAUUAAUAAUAUUUGAAUACCAAAAAUAAUAACUAAGUUAUUUCCUGUCUUGCGAUCAAACGUCGGCAGUGUGAGCUACUUAGCUUUGAAAAACUAAUUUAUUGCAAGGGCCUGUGGACUGUCCUAAGCCUAAUUUUUUGGUCGAGCCUGGAGCCGAACAUUGCAGGCGACCAGUUGUAAAGACAGAAUGAUGUCAGGAGUUAUUGACGUACAUCACUUGUAUGGUCGGCUACAGGCCACAUGCACUUGCGAUGCAGCUCUAUUUGGCAUAAAAGCUUGC